AUGGCAUACAUGAAACGCCUUGUUAUUGAACUCAGCAAACCUGAUCUCAGAGAAAAUGCUAUUCGUGUGCUCUCCAAGUUAUUUCAUGAACUUGCACCUUUAUUGUGGAAUUCUGUUGGUACUAUUGAAGUACUUUUACAGGAAAUAACUUCCAUAUAUCCUAAUCUUUCACCGCCAACUCUUUCUCAUGCACAAUCAACUCGAGUGUGCAAUGUUAUUGCACUACUUCGGUGUCUGGCAUCUCACCCUGAUACAAUGUCACUCAUCAUGGCUAUGAUACCUAUGUAUCUGUACCCUUUCCUUCAAACGACAAAUACCUUACCCCAAUUUGACUGGUUGAGGCUUGCGAGUCUUGGAGUCAUUGGUGUCUUGGUAAAGGCCAGAAGCAAAGAAGUUAUACCUUUUCUUCUUUCAAAUGAAAUUAUUCCAUUGUGUUUGCAUAGCAUGGAAAUUGGCAACGAAUUGUCAAAAUCAGCUGCAACUUUCAUCCUACAAAAAAUUUUGAUGGAUGAAGAUGGUUUAGCUUAUGUGUGUGCCACGGCACACCGCUUCUUUGCUGUAAGUCGAAUUUUGGACAUGGUGAUGGAAUAUGUUCAGAGACAACCUUCAUCUCGGCUUUUGAAGCUUAUAAUUCCAUGUUAUUCUCGCUUGUCUGAAAAUCGCGGUAGGGCUGGAAUUGCAUUAACAAGCUCUCUUCCGGGUGUGUUUGCAAACCCCGCUUUCAUUAAUUCCCUUCGUGAAGAUCCAACAACUUGGAGGUGGGCAGAGCAAUUGUAUGAAAAUAUUAGGAAGAAUCGUUUUCAGUCAGAUCGAAUGUAUGAUAUUGUGUGGUCCACAUCAUCAUCAGGAUAUGUGUCGUUUGUAGCUCCUCUCCAUGUUUCUUCUCAAUCUAGCUCCGCUAUCGAUUGGACGGCGUACAUGGAACGCCUUGUUAUUGAACUCAGCAAACCUGAUCUUAGAGAAAAUGCUAUUCGUGUGCUCUCCAAGUUAUUUCAUGAACUUGCACCUUUGUUGUGGAAUUCUGUUGGUACUAUUGCAGUACUUUUACAGGAAAUAAUUUCAAUAUAUCCUAAUCUUUCACCACCAACUCUUUCUCCAACACAAUCAACUCGAGUGUGCAAUGUUCUUUGUGUGGCAUCUCACCCCAAUACAAGGAUGUCACUCAUCAUAGCUUGCAUACCUCAGUAUGUGUACCCUUUCCUUGAAACGACAAAUAUCUUACCACAGUUUGACUAUUUGAGGGUUGCGAGUCUUGGAGUCAUCGGUGCCUUAGUGAAGGCUAAUAGCAAAGAAGUUAUACUUUUUCUUCUUUCAACUGAGAUCAUUCCAUUAUGCUUGCGCAGCAUGGAAAUUGGCAAAGAAUUGUCAAAAAAUGUUGCGACAUUCAUUCUUCAAAAAAUUUUGCUGGAUGAUGAUGGUUUAGCUUAUGUAUGUGCAACAACAGACCGAUUUUUUGCUGUACGUCGAAUUUUGGACAUGGUGUUGGAAAGUCAUGAGAGGCAACCUUCAACUCAGCUUUUGAAGCUUAUAAUUCCAUGUUAUUCUCGUUUGUCUCAAAAUCGCAGGGCUGGAAUUGCAUUAACAAGCUCUCUUCCGGUUGUGUUUGCAAACCCCGCUUUCAUUAACUCCCUUCGUGAAGAUCCAACAACUUGGAGGUGGAUGGAGCAAUUGUAUGAAAAUAUUAGGAAGAAUCAUGUUCAGUCAGCACGAACUGAAGUACAAAUGGAUGAUAUUGUGGAUAAAUUAUGUGUUUGA